AUCUAUGAAAAUUAAAAAAUAGAUAAAUUUAUAAGAUGGACUUAAAACAAAAGAUAAAAAGAGAAGAGAAUCCAAUAACGACAAAACUCCAGUUUUCAGCUACCAGUACCACUCAGGCACUCACAUAACAUUCACACAUCUACUUCGUAUAACAUCACUAAAAAAAAUAACCACUUAUAUAUACAUCACCUUCACAUUACCUCACUGCCUUUAUACACCCUAUCCUCACUCCUCCCCUCCCUUUAGUUUCUGCAAAAAUUAACAAUGGUGGAAGCUCAAGUUAUAGCAACAUGGUUGACUCCUACUUCUCUCUUUGUUCUCCUCAAUAUCAUCCUUGCUACCAUUUUUCUCGCUACGAAGAACAACAGCAAUAAUAAUAAUAAUAAUCAUGAUUUGAACCACCAAAACGACGUCGUCGCCGCCGCUCCUCAGCUCUUACGUCCGCCUUCACUCUUCACGCGUGUGCCGUCCUUUAAUUUCUCUAAUAAUUUUUACUCCGGUGUUCAAGAUCCGGCUGUUACAGUCACACGUGCGCCGUCGUUGCUUUACCGAGUGACGUCGUUUAAUUUCGGCCGCGCUCCUCAACAGCCGCAGGUUGAAGGCGAGAGUAAGAAGGAAAACGAGAAGGAAGAGGUUGAGGCACGUGAUGAUCAUGUGAGGAGAGAGAAAGUUGUUGAAGAAAAAGAUCAGCCUCAACAGGUAGAGCAGGUGUUGGAGGUUAGUAAGAAAAAGAAAAACAACAACCACAAUAAUAUUAACAAUAAUAACAAUAAUAAUAACAAAGUGAAAUCGGUGAAGAAAAUAAGUAAAGAGAAAACGGCGUCGUCGAAAGGUAAGGAUGAAGAGAUAGAAGUAGAUGCAAAGGCAGAUGAUUUUAUAAAUAAAUUUAAGCAGCAGUUGAAGUUACAGCGUUUGGAAUCUUUGCUUCGUUACAGGAAUAAUAAUACUCCCAUUGCUGUUGCUGCCACCACUUGAAUCUUGUAACUUAAAUCUUUGGCUUCUUUCUAUCUAUUUGUCUUUUGUAUUUGUCAAUUUCUGUAUUUUUGCUUACUACUAUUAUUACUAGAUUACUCUUAA